GACGUCACUUUUACUAUAUUAAACUGACAUUGAUUGAAUCAAUGAAAGAAGAAAAAAAAGAAAAAGAACCGCUUGUCUGUUACCGUAGUCGUGUAAGGUUUAUUUAAUUGAAAAUAUCUUAUAGGUUAAUAAAAAUUAUUUAAAGACAUUCAAAAAUUGAUCAUUAGUCAUGGUUGUGUUAGAAGACGAAGCUGGAGAUGCAAAACCUGUUCCCACCGAAGAUAAAGAAGAAGGAAAAGCCACGAACCUUCUCACAUUAGAGAUAUUUCGUAUUAUCAAGGAUGCUCAGCAGCAACAUGGACUGCGACAUGGAGAUUAUCAACGGUACCGAGGAUACUGUUCCAGACGUCUCAGGCGUCUACGCAAAGUGCUCAAAAUACCACAGGGUGACAGACGCCAUUACCGUCGCCGCGAUGUCACAACUGUGCACCUGACAGCGGCUAACGCUGAGAACCGUCUGCUGGGUGUGCCACUCCUGCAGGCCGAACGUGCUUGGGCCCACGCGAUGCAGUUACGCCAAGAGGCCAAUACUGAACCUCGGAAAAAGUUCCAUCUCAUCGCGCGCCUUAAGAAAGCAUGUUCGCAUGCGCAGACGCUCUUGCAAUUGUGUGAACAGAGCGGCGCGUGCGACGCGCGCACUCAAUUAGAGGCGGGAGCUUACGCGGCGUGGCUCGGCGGCGCGCUGCUGCUGGAGCUGCAGCAGUGGCGCCGCGCCGCCGACAGCCUGCAGCGCGCGCAGCUCGUGCUCGACAAUCUUAGCGCCGCACUGCCCGAGGACGAGAGGCUCGUUUAUAAGCAGAAGGUGGAAGAGCUAAAGCCUAGCUUGCGUUACUGUGCAUACAACAUAGGCGACGAGUCUGCAGCCGGUGACCUGGUCGCAAUGCGCGGCCAGGGUCUUAUAGAGAACCUGGACUCACUUAUGGCGCAGGCUAAAGAAUCCCGCUCCGGCAUUAUGCAUGAAGUAGAAUGGCGUGGUCGCCGCGUCACGGUGAGGCCCGAGAAGGUCCGGCUGUUCCUCAUCGCCCUGCAAGAUCUUGACAAGUCUGUCGCCAAUGCACAGACCGUCGAGGCUAAGAUCGAUAUACUUGAAAACAUCCUUAUGGAUUGUAAAGAUGCUAUAUCUGCCAUCAAAGAUGAGAUUAAAAGUGAUCCAAAACUGAAAUCGGCGUCUGAGUUGCAAAUGUCUGGCAUUAAUUAUUUGCUCUCUUACUUGAUGUAUUUGCGCCUUGUUCGCACUAUAGACAGAAACAAUUUGCUUGUACAACAAGCUGAACAUGCUCGUAAGAAUAAUAUACAAAUUGAUGGGAAGAAAGUGCGUCCCCAUGAUUUAACAAGACUUUACGAGAUCAUUUUGCAGAAUUUCACUGAACUGCAACAACUACCUGGAUUUGAAAGUGAUGCAGUAUAUCAACAAGAGAUUGAGACACAAAUGAAGGCGUAUCGCGCAUUCCGUUGCUACUACAUCGCUCAAGUCCUGACAGGGCUCAGGCGCUUCCGCGAAGCUCUAGCUAUGCUUGAGAGAUGCGAUUCUUAUGUAACUGAAUCUAUAGCUAGCAAAUUGACAGACAAACAACUCUUGGAUAAAUUGCAGAUUUUAAAGAAGGAUAUUGAAAGUUGCAAAUUUGAAGUUCAUGCCGAUUCUGUACUAGAAGAUGAUGAGGAUCAGGAAGAAGAAAACAAGUAUAUGAGUGGUAAGCCGCAUAAGGACAAGAAGCCAUUAGUUGAUCGUUUGGAUGAAUACCGUGAAGAUACACAGGUUUUAACUAAAAAUCCAAACAUUUAUAAAAUGCCACCUCCGAUGGAAGCUAUUCCUUGUAAACCAUUAUUCUUUGAUUUAGCAUCCAAUUUUAUAGAAUUCCCGAAUUUGGAUGACAAGACAGGUGCAGCAGAUAGUAAAAAGCAAGGCGCAGGUCUUACUGGAUUGGUUAAGGGUUUCUUAGGUUGGGGAAAAAGCGACAAAUAAUUAGGUGAUUGUUUUUAUACACAUAUUAUGUUACUUGGAUACUAAUAUACUGUACUGAAAGUUUUAUGAGAUGUAUGUAUCUAACUUGACUAGUUAAUGUUACUAGUAAUUUAUAUAAAUAUAUCUGUCUACAUAAAAAAGGUAUUAUUGAU